CGGAGCCCCCUAAUAUACAAAGUAGGUUCUUCGGCACGCCGAAGUUUAAUCAGGCUCUUUUGCAUGCCACAUUAGAACAGUUUGUAAAAUGAUCGAACACAUUUUGAUACGAGGUGUGCAGUGCUCGAGGUCAAUUCUUUAAUUGUUACGAAUAAUAUAGUGAUAAUGUGCGGCGGAUGAGCGGUCGUUAAUUAACGAGUUAAUUGUAUUGUUGAAGUGAUUUUAUUUAGCUUAUUAUUACGAGAUGAGGAUGAACGUUCGUUGUAUUAGUAUUGUGUUGUUAAGUUACACAGUAGUAACAACUCGCUCUUUCUGUUCGAAUUCCUACGGAGCUGAGCCAUGCAAUUAUCUACCAGCACCUCCCGGUAAAACACCCAAUUGCGCCCGACCAGGAUACACCUACUGCGAAUAUCCUGAUCAUUAUCCAGGACAAGUGAUCACUUAUCUCGUCAAACAAUGGAAAUACGACCACACCACGUUGUUCAGUUCGGAAUCGAAGGAGGACUAUUCCGCCUACUUUUAUCCCCCGAUUAACCCAGUGUACGGCCCCCCAAAUUACCAGCCUCCAAAUGUCCACAACCAUCAAAAGGGCUUCAAUCAACCGGUCCCACCGCAUAUAGGGACUCACCAAAACGGCUACCCGGAGCCCAUUUACAUACCAAAGCCGCAAUAUCCCUACCAAGAAGAAGGUUACAACUACAACCCGCCACAGAAUUAUUACCCCCAACAAAACUUCACUGGAUACCCGGAUGCCCAGUACAAGAACUAUCCGCCCCCGAGGUCCUGGCAGCAGCCCUAUCAGCAGAUUUUGGAGCAGCCUCAGUACGGGCAGUACAACAAUUUGUGGAAAAGAUCGAUACGCAGAAACCAUCAAAGAUUCAAGAGAUCGUUGAGAUACAUCAGGGCGCCCAGAACCGUUUCCGCGAAGUUCUCGAACGGCACCGUUACCAACAGAGUCAGGAGGCAAUCUCCCAGGGAUACUCGGACCAUUUGCUCCGUCAGAACGCAGUACAUCAUACCCAAAGCGGCCCUCAACAACAAAGGUAAUUGGAGGUACGUGGCCAAUAUGCCGGAGAUCGACACCAAGGUGACGCAGCUAGUCAAAACCGAAAUUUGCGCUUCUCAAACCUGUGAUGGGAUUUGUAGCAUCCCGGACGGAUACACUUCCAGGUGCGAACAAAAGUUCGUGCAAAAGAGACUGGUCGCUUUGGAAGCCGAAGGGAAUCGGUUGUACACGGAUGUGUUUUGGUUUCCCAGUUGUUGCCUUUGUACUCUGACGAGAGUUGAUCUUUGAUCAUUUUAUUAUCAAUAUCUGUUGUAUUUAUUUGAUUUGAUUUUUGUGGGAAAAGGCUCGUUGUUUGCGAGUUAUGCUGAUCUAAUUGCCUGUGAAGUAUUUCUAACAUAAGAAUGAUAUCCAAUGGAAAUAAUGCACAUUUUAAAUCAAGUUUACGUUUUAUAUUUUUGUUGUUAUAAUAAGACGGUAACUUAAAAUAACGGUAGUAUAUUUCUAAGGUCUGGAAACAAAGGUCGAAAAAGUGGCCCGUUAUUUGAAGAUAAAACAGGGUUCCUAAAACGACCGCUAGGAGGCG